GGGGAGAUCUCACGAGAAGUAGACACACCGCGAAAACUUGUGGUACCGAAACGGACUCCUCUCGUUUGGCGCUCAGUUUUGGGUUUCGCCCUAAUGCCGCGUCGCCGGCGUUACGCCUUCCGUGGUGGAGGAGUAACAAUCGAAGAAUUCGAGGAACCUGAGGAAGACGAAUACGAGUAUGACGAGCCGGACGAAGAAGAGGAGGAAGAAUACAUCAGAGUAGCAGGCCCACAUAGGGUUUCACAGAGCGAGAGUGAAGAGGAAGAGAAUCAGAGAAGGUCUGAAGGAGUUUGUUCGACUUCAGGGUCGCAGGAGGAUAUGGGAAGGAAAGCCGGCGAGACUGAGGGAAUAGCGUGCUUGAUCUGUAUGGAAGUUUGGACCGACGGCGGCGAACACCAAGUUUCGUCAAUCAGAGUUUUGAACUGUAUAGAGCCACUUGUAUGGAGUUGUAGCGUCUCUUUCCCCAAUUUUCUAACUCCUGUCUUUCUUACCGAUGAUUCAAGCUGUCUUCCUUGUGGACACUUGUAUGGAUUUUCCUGCAUCAAGAAGUGGUUGCAGCAGCGGCGAAGUGCAGGGAAGUGUCCCCAAUGCAACAGAACCUGUAGCCUGAAAGAUGUCCGUAAAAUUUUUGCAUCACGGAUUACUGCAGUAGACGACGAAGCACACAUGAGAAUCGUAUUCCUCGAGACCAAGUUACUUUCAAUCGAACAGAAGACUGCGAGUUGGAGUAACAAAGAAGCUCAAUGGAAAAAAACUGAAGCAGAGCUACGAUUAGAAGUUAAUAAGCUGAAAAAGAAGAUAGCUAGUAUGGAAAGCACGACUAAGGGUGUACAGAUAGAGUCUAAUGUGGCUUCUCAAGAGCAAUAUAUACCUGGUCAUAGGAUCUACCAAGAACACCAUGGACAUGCACCUUCUUCCAGCUUCAGGCAUCAGGGAGAACUGCUAGUUAACGGUGGUCGCAUAUUUGACAUUGAUGGUGGUAGACAGAUUUUAUUACUGGCCCGUAGGCUCCCAGGGGUUGGUGGAACGUUUGUGCUUUCGCAAAUGAGCCUAAAUUCUGGUGAAAUUGAUGAUAUACUGUUGCCCCCUGCCACUAAAGCAAUUAAAGAUCUUCACCUUUCCCCUCACAAUAACGGGCUUGCAGUUUUCGGUUCUCUAGGGAAGAAAUUAUCUAUUAUAAGCUUGGAGAGCCACAAUACUGUCCUAUCUUAUAGUCUACCGGCUGCACCUUGGUCUUGUUCAUGGGAUCGCAACAGUUCUCACCAUAUUUAUGCUGGACUACAGAACGGUAUGGUUUUAGUGUUUGACAUGCGUCAAACCAUGAGACCUUUCGCAUCGUUGGCGGGCUUAACAAGCAAUCCAGUUCAUACUAUCCAUCAUCUCUCGGCCAAUUCCACUCCAACCACUGAUGUAUGUUCCCUCUUGUCGGCUUCUUCCAUCGGGCUUUGUCAGUGGAACAUUAAUGGCAGCGAGGGAAGGCCAUCGUUGCUUUCUGAAACAGGAAACCCAGGGGUUUGCAUUUCGUCCUCGUAUUGUCCUCGGAGUGAUCAUAUUGUUGCUUCGUAUAGACCGAGAGUUGUAUCUUCUGAUGAUACAAUCCCGACUCAGCCUUCGUCGACUCAAACAGGAGUAAAUAAUAGCAGUAUCGGUGUAGAGGGAUCGCAUGUUUGUCUCAAGAGAAGAGGUGUUGAUUCUUUUUAUCAGAAACUGUCAUCCACACCUGCUUCGGUAGAUACCAUCCGUUUGCCAAGAACAGCGAUCAUAGACUUUGGCGAGCAAAGAACGCAGCUUUUUGCAUCUUGUGAGGAGUCCACUCGCGAGCUCAUCCUGCAAGAUCCUUCCUCUUUUACCGUCUCCCAACGGCUCCCAUUGGCAAGUCAUCAUCCGCUUCAAGACGUGAAAUACGCUCACGUGAAUGGCUCCGGUCUGCUCGGUCUCUUAACCGAUGAUAGAUUGCAGCUUCUUAGAAACGAAUCUUCAUGA